GGCACUGUGGCCAGUAAGACUCAGUGUUGUCCCACAAGCAGGAGGAGACGGUAGCUGUCUCGCGUUCUACCCACCUCCAGUCUUCCACAUCCACCUUACCAUUACCGCCACACAGUGUAGGAAACUCCAGCAGGUUUCUUCUACCACACACCUCAGGAUGGACGAGGAACAGUUCAAAGCCGCCUCAAGGGAUAUGACCGAGUACAUUACUAACUAUAUCACCAACAUAAGGGACAGGCGAGUGUUGCCAGAGGUGGAACCCGGCUAUUUACGACCACUUCUGCCGGAUCAUGCACCAGACACACCCGAUGAAUGGAGUGAUGUGAUGGCUGAUAUUGAGAGGGUCAUCAUGCCAGGGGUGACCCACUGGCAUUCCCCGCAGUUCCACGCCUACUACCCAACUGCCAACACCUACCCGUCCAUCCUCGCGGACAUGUUGAGCGAUGCCAUCGGCUGUAUUGGCUUUACAUGGAUCUCGUCGCCAGCAUGCACGGAGCUGGAGGUGGUGAUGAUGGACUGGUUGGGUGAGCUGCUUGGCCUCCCUCAACAGUUCCUAGCGUCCUCUGGCGGCAAGGGAGGGGGCGUCAUACAGGGAACGGCGAGCGAGGCAAGCCUGGUGGCCUUGUUGGCUGCCAAGACCAAGAUGGUAAAUAAACUGAAGGAGAAGAAACCAGAUUUACUGAAGGAUACAAUCACCUCCAAGUUAAUCGCAUAUGCCUCAGACCAGGCUCACUCAUCAGUGGAGAGGGCCGGAUUGCUGGCAGGAGUUAAGAUGCGGCAAGUGGUCUCAAAUGACGAGUUUGCUAUGCGCGGCCCAGCUCUACGCCACGCCAUCCAGCAGGAUUUGAAGCUGGGCCUCAUUCCAUUCUUUGAGGUGUUGACAAUGGCCACUUCUGUCUGUUCUUUCGACAACUUGCGGGAGUUGGGGGAGGUCACUCAAGAGUUUGAUCUGUGGCUGCAUGUGGACGCUGCUUAUGCUGGGGCAGCGAUGGUGUGUGAGGAGUACCGCUACCUGAUGGAUGGGGUAGAGUUGGCCCAGAGCUUCAACUUCAACCCUCACAAGUGGCUACUCGUCACCUUUGACUGUUCUGCCAUGUGGGUAAAGAAUGCCAAUGAUCUUGUGGAUGCCUUCAAUGUUGACCCUCUGUACCUGAAACAUGACAAACAGGGCCUGGCACCAGACUACAGGCACUGGCAGAUCCCACUGGGUCGCCGCUUCCGCUCUCUCAAGCUGUGGUUUGUAAUGAGACUGUAUGGCAAACAGGGAUUCCAAGCACACAUCAGAAAGCAGAUUGGUUUGGCACACCAAUUUGAGGACUAUGUGAAGGCUGACCAGCGCUUUGAGCUCAUCCUCCCUGUCACCCUUGGUCUUGUCUGUUUCAGGCUUAAGAAGAACAAUGAAGUCAAUGAGGCUCUGCUGAAGAAUAUCAACUCUGAUGGGGUCAUGCACCUGGUGCCGUCCAAGAUCCGUGGCACCUUCUUCCUCAGGUUUUGUGUGUGCUCGGAGCUGACAGAGACUUAUGAUAUUGAAAAGUCCUGGCAGGAAGUUCUCAAACAGACGCAACGUGUACUGCAGCAAAAUUAGAUCCCUACAACAAGAGAAUUAGAGGCCUCCCCCACCAUUUUGGGUGAAGAAUUAAAUGAUUUUCUAACAAUCUAACUGGAGGCCACCUCAACCAUUCCUGCCAAGGAACUAAAGGCUUCCUCAAUCAUUCCAGAAGAACUAAAGGCUUCUUUAAUCAUUCCAGAAGAACUAAAGGCUUCCUUAAUCAUUCCAGAAGAACUAAAGGCUUCUUUAAUCAUUCCAGAAGAACUAAAGGCUUCCUUAAUCAUUCCAGAAGAACUAAAGGCCUCCUCAGUCAUUCCAGAACUAAAGGCUUCCUCAAUUAUUCCAGAAGACCGAAAGGCUUCCUUAGUCAUUCCAGAAGAACAAAAGGCUUCCUUAGUCAUGAUAUAGAUGGCUUUUCAACCUUUCCAGCAGGAAAAACAGUAUUCUCCAACUAUUUCAAAAGAAGAACCAAUGGCCUUCAUCCCAAGAGAAGAAUUGGAAGCCUCUUCGUCCAUCUUGGGUGAGGAACUGGAUGCCCUUUCAUCCAUUCCUUAACAGCUACAGGAGAAAAAUUAACAACUUAAACAAUUCCAAGAGAUCAAGGUGCUUCCUCAACCACCAUUGCGGGUGAAGAGUUAAAGUCUUCCUUAACUAAUCCAGAAGAACUGGUGCUUCUUUCACAUGGUAUUAAACUUGAAGCACUGGACCAGAUAUCUUGUUACUAUUUAGCAUUUAAAGCUGAACUGUACCAAUAACUGUGCAGUAUAAAGAAUCUUCUUUAGAAAAUAUAUUUCAGCAUCACGGAAAUACAAUACACUGUACAGUAUGUAUAUUAGUUCAACAUCUGAAGAAAGAAUUUAAUGUGAUAGAACGUAAUUUCGAUAUCAAAGAAAUGCCUUAAAGAGCGAGAUAAUUUUCUUGUCCACAUGAUAUGAUAAAUCUGUAUUAUCUAUUUUUGGUAGAAUGAUGCAUGUAUGGGCAAUCUAAUAUUAGAUUACUAGGAAAGCUUCUCAUGAAUUAUCAACUGACGAAGAAGUUUACAAUACUGUAUUUUUUGCAGGACAUUUUCAUGUCUCACUAACCAUAUGAAAAAGUAUGACUUACUGCCUAGGUAAAAAAUGCAUAUAAUUUCCUUCCAUUAACCAAAAUGGCAGUAGAGUACAGUACAGUACUGUACAGUACAGAGUAUUCAAAAUAUCAUCCAUAAUACAAUAAAGUACAGUACAGUACAUUACUGUAUUUUUUUAUGUACAUGAAGUCAGUUCCCCUUUUGUUUACAGUUCCAGUUCUUCAACUAUUUGUGUUUUAUUUGUAUGAAGAAUAUAUUUUACUUGUUUAAAUAAUCCUGUUAUUCCUUUUGUUGUUCAGCUGUCCAAACUCUUGAGUGCUCCAGUUUUCAGGGAAUUCUGUAUAUCCCUGUGAGGUAGCUGUCAAUAUUUGGAAUUAUAGGAAGAAUAUUUUUGUACACUUUGGUCAGUUACUGUAUUUACAGUACAUGAUUCUUAGAUAUUGAUAUUUCCAAAGAUGAAGAAAUCAAACUUAACAAGAGCAUUUUCUCUAGGGGAAUUACUGCUAUGUUUUGCAUUUUACUGUUACCACUUAGGAGGAAAUACUAUACCGUACUGUACUAUACCGGUAUGUUUGAAUAAUUUUACUUACACAAUCAUUAUCAUGUCACCUUUUAUGCUUGCCUUGUGUCACUCCUCAGUGUCCCUUUCUUUAGUACCGGUAUUGAUUUGGCCAUUGGUCCACCCUAUGCAAUAGUGAGAGAGAAAUAAGGAUAAAAAAUAUUUUAUAAUUUGUUGAUUAAAUUAUCAAUUCUACCAUUUAUAUUUUUAUUUUUCUGUUUAUGUGUGGUGCAGUACAGUACAGUACAGUAUUUUACUGUUUUAAUUUACUGUCUAUUUUGUAAUGUACGAUACUGGCCGGAGACGGGACAGCGCAUCUGCCCAAUGUUUUGUACUCCCGGUAUAUAAGUUGCCUUGAGGUAAAGUGUUUGUGUAACACAACCACUGAAGGUUUUUGCUGACAGUUGUAGAAGGGGCCAAGAUUUGGUUGAGUCUUGAUGAUUGAGACAAAGCUAAGCGUCACAUAGAUAAGCGUCGUAUUCUGAGGUUGAACAAAAAAUUGCUUUACAUGGCAUCUGCCCCAACUAGAAUUGGUCAUGCCAAGGGAAGGAGGUCACCCUGAUUCUCAUUUCUUUCUGCCCUACAAUAUGGCAUCUACUUACAGGUAUUGCUUCCAUAUUUACAUGUCCUUUUACUAUACAGUAUCAGUACUGUAUAUUGGAAGUACACAGUAUGUCCUUUUUUUCUUUAGCACUAUUUUGAUUGCAUUUAAUAGAACCAGUAAUCAUUUCUUUGUCACCUUUAUACAGUAUAUAAGUACUGUACUGUACAAUAUCUCUGAUGCAAGAUGGUGUUAAGGAGCUUCCAGGUGUGUUAUUAAUAAUGAGAUACAUGAUCCAAUAAGUGCCUCAGAGUACUGGUGCUGAAGCUUCCCCUAACAGUGCCAUACUAUUACGCAUAAUUAAUAAAUAAUGGUUGUGAAUACA